CAGUUUUGACUUGUAACGCUGAGCUACAGAGUGUGAGCCAACUACCACGCCAGGCUACUGACUCGAAAUCUUCCAAGUGUACACGGUGAUGUACACAUGGAAUCUCAAGCUGGCUCUCGUCCGACGUUCAUUCCACUUCCACCAUCAUCAUUUUGUUCGGUGUCCUACGCGAACUCCCCAGGUCCUUUCCCCCAAGACGAUCCUCUGCAAACCAGCCCUUUGAUUUCCCCAAACUUGACCUUCUACACGGCUCCUUCAACUCCGCUUCCCGAAACUCCCAACGAUGUCAAUCCAUCGGCCCCUGGCUCUACCCCGCCGUUACCUGUCCUUCAUAUCACCAUUCCGAACCAGGGACAUCCCUCACCGUCUCAGUUCUCUUUCGGACACCCUUCUCCGAUCGCCGUUCCUUCACCGCCAACAUCCUUGCCUUCAGAUCCGAGUCCAACGUCGUCGCCAGUGAACAUCGCCCAUGAGUCCUUUCCAGAUCCUGCAGAACUUCCGGUUGACAUGUUUUUUGACGACGAAAGUCUCAGUACGCUUGAGAGAAUUUAUCUUUACUCCAGGAGCAAAGCUUCCUAUCAUCGUGUGUUCAUAGCCAACGUCCUCCCAGACUGGCUCCAGCAGAUCACGCCGCAUGAGGCCGUCGAGUACGUCCUUCCUCUUCUCAAUACGUUGGCAAUGGAUGAAGGUGUGUUGUACGUCCCUCUGUUCCAAUCUCCCUCAUUCCUCGUCUUUCCAGAUGAAGUGGUCAAAGAGGCCUUCUCUUCCCAACUCGUCGCCAUCAUGUGGUGGUUUCUUACUCAUUGUCAACUGGUGUCAGAGGUCAACGAGGACGACAUGAAUUCUCCCGGUUUUCAUGAUCAUGAGAGCACACCCUCAAUUUCAGUUCAGGCGUUCACUCCAAUUCUGGGAACCCUUUUACUCAGUCCAAACGGUAUUGUCGGAGGAGCAGCACGACAAGCCGUUGUUCAGCUCCUGGAGAGGAUAAAAUGUCUCUAUCCAGCAGAGAUGACCAUUUCAUCACGAUCGCCCAUAGAUACAACAACAGACGUCUCCAGGACGGUGCCUGGUGGUGCCAUUGGGGUUUUUGAUCCGACGGAUACAUUGGACGUAGGCCUGUUCGGCAAGACGGAACGCGCUCUGUUUGAGAAGGAAAUUCUCUAUCAGGUCGUCAUCGGAAUGGGCCGUUUGGAUGCCGAGGGUGAAUCUGCAACUAGUGACGAUGAUUCGCAAUACGAUGAUGCACUAGAGGAAGCACAACACUACCGCGACGUUUCCGUGGGACCUGCCAUUCUUGCAUCACGUUAUGCUCAUGAACCGCACCAAACGCAAGUCGUCGUCGCCGAUGCAUCCGAAAAGGACGACAAUGAACGGCUUGGGCCAGGGGAUUUCCAAAUUUCUCACCAGCAAAAAGAGGCUUCGGGAGAUGACGCCCGCAGCCGCAAGGUGGACGCUGACCUCAACCCUUACUUCCCUGCAUCACCUAAUUCAUACACGAUCCCACGUCCGAUUUCAACCCACAACAAUUCCCCUGUUGACAUCGGAAGUCCUGAUUCGAAUGGAUCGACGCCAGGCUCGACAACCGGUACCAGUGCCUCUUCCUCCUCCGAUCAUUCUUUCUCUCCUGCAGGCUAUUCCCCCAGCUCUCCCUCACAGCCGCCGUCUCCAGCGUCUGCCACAAAUACAUCUUCGCCAUCCACUGCAACUCAUAUAGCAGCCAAUGCCUCGUCUCCGACUUUCUCUCGAGCUUUACGGCAGCAAGAAGAAUCUCCGCAACCUUUUGUAACACCCGAGGCUGCCCACUCUGUACCCCCGCCUUCCGAUACAAGCAGCAACCUUCAGGUGUCGAUCGCUCUCGACGCGAGCCAAUAUCAGGACCGAUUUGCCAAUGAUAACGACAUCUCACAACAACAAGAAUAUGAAGCUGAUCAAUCCGCAAUUGGCAGACUUAGUAGCAUGAGUCUCAUGGCCGCUGUCGCUGCGAGCGGUUGUUUCGAUGACGCCACUCAACGUGCAUUUGUGAAUGAGGUACAGCGGGUUUCUCAUGAUGCUAUCUAUUGGGUACGGCGAGAGGCUUGUUUAGCUCUCGGUGCAUUAGCUAAGGUCGUGCCGGAGGAACUCGUUACCCUCACUCUGAUGCCUCUGUUUCAAUCUUUGGCGUUUGACCCAGUCGACCACGUUCGACAUUCCUCCCUUUACGCCCUCCCAGCCAUCCUCUCUCGACUCAGGCCGAAACAACGACGGACACUUGCGUUGGACGUUCUUGUACCCAUGAGCAUGGACGAAUCACCGGAAGUCAGGUCCGGAGUCCUUGAGACGCUCGGGGAAGUCAUCUAUACUUUUCAUUCUCGAGGAACGCCCAUCACACACAGCGCCGCCACACAUCAUGAUGACGCACUGUUACCAUCACUGCCGGAACAGUUACUGAGAAUGUUCAUAGGCAGGGCGGAGGACCGACGGAUAUUAGACGGACAACACGAGCAGGCACAGACACAGGAAGGGGCAAUAGCAUCGAGUUGGUCGGAUAUCGAGGAAGAGUGGAUGAAGAGACCAAGUCCGAGAGGAAGUAUUACCUCCAGAAAGGAAGCGCUCACAGCUUUUUACGAAGACCCCUCUAGAGCGUUGAUAUGUGCUUUCAACAUUCCCGCUGUUGCUUUAACGCUUGGUCGUGAUCGAUGGGCGUCCGAUCUUCGGGAAAUAUAUCUUUUACUGGCCAAGAGCGACGCAACCCCCGUGCAACGUACUCUGGCCGCUUCCUUGGGCGAGUUGAUUAAAGUUAUUGGUCCAGAGCUUGCUCAAAAGGAUUUAUGGGUUGUCUGGCGUAUGGCAGUCCGAAACGACGAUGGAGAGGUGAGGAUGAAGGCAGUUGAGGCGUUUGAUACAUAUUUUGCUGCGUCGGACAGGAUGGGCCAGAGGGAUCUGUUGAUGGACUUGUUGGUCAUCUGGGAGCAAGGGUUUUUGAAAGGAUGGAGGGAAAGAGAGAAGAUAGCGGGUUGUUUAGGAGGUGUUGCCCAUUCGUCAAAGGGUCCGGAAUUGAGUGUGUUGGUUGCCAGGCUGGAGGUGUUGAGCUUACAGGAUGCGGUUAAUGCGGUUAGGGAGGCUGGCAUUGGUGUAUUUCGAACAUUGUGGUUGAAGUUUGAUCGACGACAUGAUGCCUUUGGCGUUUUGAAGAAGGAACUUCAUACCUUGGCGAAGUCUGAUCAAUUUCGACGCCGAAUGACGUUCAUUGCGUGUCUUCAAGCACUCACUCUUUCAGCUACAACGUCAGAAUCAGAAUCAGAAUCAGUUUUGAGCAUAGAUGAUGAGGUCCUCCCUCCGAUCGAACCUUUGGCACGUGACAACAUCGUUGGCGUUAGAAUCGCAUUGGCCAGACUCGUUGUCUUAAUUUUUUCGAUGUUCGCUAGCUCCGAUAAACCGGUUCCGAAAUCUGUUCUGUUAGUGAUCAGUAUCCUACGGACUGACUUGUCGCACGAAGUAAAGUCGUUUGUCGAGGGACUACCGCUCCAGGAACCCAGGACAGGUCAUUUGCUUCCACUUCUCCCGUCCCAUCCGAUCGUCCUUCGUACCACCAGUUCUUCAGUCCGAGUUUCGACGUUCUCUCGUCCUCCGCCGGUUUCUAAGGCAAUCAUCGGACAACAUUCAGUUCCGGUUGAAACGUAGAGGGCAUGUCCGCUUCAUCAGCUCAUCCCGCAAGGUACAAUUGCCUACCCUACGGCAGACGUGGCAGACGGCUCUGCCGGUGGUCUGGAAUGCGAGAGAAUGAAGGACUCGAUUCACUUCUCGUCUAGAGUCAUUUCAGAUCAGAAGCCAAACGAGGCUAGCCCAUAACCAGGCAUCGCAUGUGCCGUUCAUUUACAUGAUAGGCACUAAAGCGUUUUGCUCUACGCGUCUUCACGGCUUUCACAUUACUAUAGUGUACUUACUACUCGCACUUAUAUCUCAUUACAUGCUACAGCUAGA